UAAAUCUGCAUUCUGCCCGCUGCCUCUGGUCAGAGACAGCUGGAGUUACCGAGCACGCUCAGGGAGAAGCCGGAGCAUCACUGGUUGGAGACGGAUUAUCAUAAAUUUAAAAACACAUUUAUCUGCAAAAAAGGCUGCAGAUUAUUUGAUUGUAGAUAUUGCAAGAACAGAGAAAAGAAGAACAGAUCAACUGGACCUGACAAAGACAAAGCCAUGCGGCCACGAUCCAAACGGCUCUCCAAGAGGAGACUCCUGCUGCCCACCAUCCGAGAGGGCUCUGAGGAGGUAGUGAGGGAUUUGAAUGAGGCCAACUCGCUCAUCAUCUCUGGCCAGUGCCAGGCUGUGUCCUCUGAGGACUACCUCCUCUCUAUCUGCCAUCUAGCCCGUCCCACCUUCCCCAGCGGGGAUUCGUCCACCUAUGUCUCCUCACAGCAGCUGGAAGCCGUGCACCAGAGGCUGCGGCUGUCACGGAUCACUGAGGCGGCAUCAAACACCUUUCAAUCAAACCCUAACAAGGAGGCACAUGACAUUCUGCAAAAAGAGCAGGAAGGAAAGAAUGACGAACUGAUGUCAGGUAGAUCUGACCCUCUGGAGUACCUUUACGGGCACCAGAGCAACCACUUGGGAAGUAUGAGGAGAGCUUUCAAUGAGGAACGGUUUGAAAGGCAUCAUGGGAGCGUUGAGGAGGGUCGGGCUCGCACCAGAGCUCACAGCAUCCCCCAUGCUUCAAGUCCAGACGUCCCCCAGCAACGCAAGAGCAGCUGCCCUGAGCUUUACACUGGCAGUAACACUCUAAUCCCAAACAUCUCCCCGAAACACAGGAGGCCAGCAGACAGAGGAGCAGAGGGGGAGAGCCCGACCCCCACCAUCAAACAGUCCCUGCUCUCACAGUGGAUCUCUGACUGCAGAGCAGCAUGGAGGGAGGCACGGGUUCGGGCCUGCAUGCUGCCUGCCAUCGCUGAGAUUUAGGCCACAAAUGACCAGACAAUGUGUCAGAAAACAUUCCUGAUCCUCAUCUUUUUCUGUCAGUGCAUGACACAAAGACGUUAGAGAGAUUUAGAUGUGUAUUAUGCAGAUUUGUGAAUAAUGCAUAUGAUAAAAAUACACAUUUAAAAACAUGUGUCAUCAUCCAUAAUGUUACAUCAGUGUUAUUGUUGAUUAUUCUAGCCUACAUAUACUUCAUGUAUGGAGAUAAUCAUACAAAUAAAUAUAUUUUUUAUAUCCUUUAAGUGUUUUGUGAAGUCUGCAUAAAUAAAUAAACCUUUG